AUGUCAAUCACUGUCUCUUCCUGCCAAUAAAUUAGUCAAUCACCUCUCAAUCUAAGUACAGCCAAAUAACUAUGGUCCUUCCCAAAAAGUAGUCGAUUUGGCAAAUUAGAAAAUCCAAAUAAGUAAUUGUGUCUUUAAUCAAUAGUUGUGCAGUUGCUUUUUAUGAUCUCCCAGAUCAAAAGGAAAAGAGAGCUGCAGGAGUAGGUUACUCAACUAAGUAAAAUAACUUUAUUAAUAUUCUAGAUAUGAUUUUACAAAAAAUGGACCCAAGACUCCUGCUCCUGAUACCUAUAGGAUAGUUGGAGAAUUGGAUAACAAUAAAUCAAAGAAUCGCGGAUUCCCCUUUGGAGUAAGUAGAGAUGUAAAAUGAAAUUUUUAUUUCUAGAAAAUGUGGUAAAGUGGAAUUAUGGGUGGAUUGAAUAAAGUAACUCCAGGACCAGGGAAGUAUGAGAGUUAAUCGACCCUCAGUUAAACAAGAUAUACAAUGCGACCAAAAAAUUCAUAAGAUAUCAUGAUUCUCACAAAAAAUGUUCCAGGUUUAUAUACUUUAUUUAUAUUGCAGGACCGGGAGCUUACAACUCUGUUUAAGGAAUAGAUUCUAAAGGAAAAUAUCCGAUUUCUAAAUUUUCCAAUAGUUGUGCUACUCUUUUUAAUCCUCCCAGAUCUAAGAGAUUUGACAAUAAAUAAUGUAAAUGAAAAAUUCUAUUAAUUUAGAUAGUAACGAUGUUCCAGGACCAGGAAAUUAUAAACUAGACAAUAUAGGGAUUCAAAAGGUAUCUUGUGAUCUUCAUAUUAAUAGACUGGAUUCUAUCCUAUAUCUAAUUUGCAUUCUAGUAAAUGUAGAAGUUUUCCUCACGAUAUCAGAAAGACUUACUCGGUAUCUAGCAUGAAAACUCCUGGGCCCGGUUAAUAUAGACUACCUUCAGAUUUUGGAUAUUACGAAUCAAAAUCAGUAUCUAGAACUUGA